AUGAAUGUAACUAAAGAGAUUCAGCGAAUAAACUCUCGAGAAAUAGAAAGAAACAUUUCUGUUUCCGGUUCUUGGCACGCUCAAUAUAGAGAUUCUCCUUAUAUCUUUGUGGGAAAUAUACCUUUUGAUUUGACAGAAGGCGACAUUAUUACCAUUUUUUCUCAAUAUGGUGAAAUACUCGAUAUUCAAUUAGUUCGAAACAGAGAAACUGGUGAAUCUAAAGGCUUUGGUUUUUUAAGAUAUGAAGAUCAAAGAAGUACAAUUUUAGCAGUUGAUAAUUUAAAUAAUUUUACGCUUUUAGGUCGUACCCUACGAGUUGAUCACGCAAGUGCUGAAACGAAAGAUGGAGAAAAAAGAACAGGAAUGAAUGCCGCUCCUCCUUUAUUGCAAAGAGAUAAUGAUGAAUCUGGAUCGGAUAGCGAAGAUUCUGAAGAUAUAGAGAGCAAAGUGGAUCCGGAUGAUCCGAUGAGAGAGUUUAUUAUCAAGAAAUUAAAAAAAGAGAGAAAGAAAGCAAAGAAAAAGGCAAAAAAAGAAAAGAAAAAACGAAAAAGGAAUGAAGAUGAUGAGGUAGAAGCAAAAAGAAAUGUCACAAGGGAAAGAUCACGAUCAUGGUCUAGAGAAAGAAAUGUUACAAAGGAAAGAUCACGAUCAUGGUCUAGAGAAAGAAAUGUUACAAGGGAAAGAUCACGAUCAUGGUCUAGAUUUAAUAGUAGAGAUGACGUUCGUGGACGUGAAAAGAGGCGCGUCGAAAAUUAUACUCGGGAAAGAUCACGUUCGCGUUCACGUUCACGAGGACGUGAUUAUGACCGUAAUAGGCGUGUUGGAAGUGUAACUCGGUAUAAAUCCCGUUCGCGUUCGCGUUCUAGGUCCAGAAAUCAUGGUCGUGGUUCUGAACGGAGCUAUCGAUAA